AUGGAGCACAUGUUGAAACUUAAAGAGCAAGGCCUGCAAGGGGAGCAAAUCACUCGGCACUUUAUCAACAGCCAGCUGGCACCUAUUAAAGAGAGAUCCCGCACAGUCUUCGAAUUUGAUGGCAAAACUGACCCCAAUCGUGAAGAUCCAAAAUCUCUUGAGUUCAAGAUUAUGAAGGAGAAGAUGAAGCCAUUUGACAUCGAUUCCUCUGGAAAAGACCCUGAACCGACUGACAAGGAGACUGAUCCUACGACCACCACAGAAACCGGGCUGACUGUUGAAAAUCGCCCGACUGGUAGUCAACCGGCGACCGACAAUGUAGAGGCCGGAAAUGAACCCCCGACUGGAAACCAGUCGGCCGAAGCUGAAGCCGGUGCUAAUCAGGAGCCCCCGACUGGAAACGAGUCGGGUACUGAACAAAAUAAGGACAUCCCGGAAACAGAGGCUCGGGCAAGCAGCCCUCCCCCAAAAAAUACCAACACCGACCCGGAGUCCAAUUCAUCUGAUAAGGUGCAAGGGCCUGCUCGUCCUCAACCGAAGAUUAUAACAGGCCCAAUGAUCGGCGACGAAGAAGAUGUUCUUCGGAUUCAGUCAGCUGAAGAUUCUCGCCCACCCAUCUUAGUUAAAUGGUGGGAUGAUGAAAUGCAGCCUCAAGGGAUCAUAAUAAAUAAGCAGAAAGAAGAUGAGGAAGUGUCCUUGCUUGCAAAGACGCUCAAUCAGGCCACUCAUCUCAGAAUUCAUCUUAGGAAUGAAGCGAAAACUACAACCCUCGAGAAACUGGUUCCACAUCUCGAAACCCUGGAAGCGACUAGAGCCCAACUCCAUGAAACUAGGGAGCUUGCUAGGAAAACCGAACAAGAUCUCAGGGACCAAAUCACCGAGCUCCAAGAUUCCAAUUUCGAGCUGAGUGGUUCAUCCAAAGUACAAGCUGCCAAGAUCACCGAGCUAGAAAAGCAAAUCAAAGCUCUGGAAAAAGACAAGGGUGAACUAACCAAAAAGAGGGACUCGGCUCUAAAAGAUGUCGAAGAUCGCAAAAUUAAAUCUCAGGCUCAAUUCGAAGUCCUGGUCAACAAGAUUAAGAAGCUUGAAGGAGCUAGGGAUGAAGUUGCCAACGCCGCCACACCACUCAUCCAAGCCAUGUUUUUUAAUAACAAUGGUCCGAGUUCGUUCGACGCUGUUGAAAUCUUCGACAAGCUGAGAGCUGCUCCAGAUACAUACUUUAAGAACAUCAAAGAAGCUGGAUGCAUGGGAGCGAGCAUGGCAUUGGCAAUGACCAAGUCCCUGUACCCGAAGAUUGAUAUUGACGCUGUCGACGGCUUUGCAAAUGGGACCAGUGAAGAAGAUGCCCUUGACCUCAUCAAUAAUGCAUAG